CUGAGCGCUUGAGGCGCAUUUAUGUAUUUCUAUUAUGUUGCAGUGUUGAGAAUGUGGACCGAUUGGUCGUUGGUGAUCGGCUAAGGGGAGGGGGAACAAUUUUUGGAAGUUUCCUGUUAUUGCUUUGUGUGCCACGACGAUUGUGUACAAUGGAAAGUUUAUGGAAUUCACAGAUAGCAACGAAUCAGGUUCCUUCGUUUUCUUCGUUAGUGAAGGAAGUAGCUUGCUCCAGCAACUUUAUUCAGUCUACAAAAUUCUGGUGGCACAGCAGUUCGGAAGUCUUAGCAGCAGAUUGGCGUUAUCUUUAUUCGGCGGCGAAAUGAGCUCGGAAAACGGUAUGGAGUUUUGGUACAACGAUGACGUAUACGGUCUGGUAAAGCUGCCAUCGUACAUUCGGGAUGUGACCGAAUUGGAAGAGUUUAAGCGGCUGAAGCAUUUGAAGCAGCUGGGUACUUUGGAAGCAAAAUAUGAUGGAGGCAAGCAUAGUAGAUUCGAACACUCCCUGGGUGCUUGCUAUUUGGCGGGACGUUUGCUGGAUGCUUUAAGUUCGACUCACGCGAUUGAUGAUGGGGACCGGAAAUGUAUUUUGUUGGCCGCCGUACUACAUGAUGUUGGACAUGGACCGUUCUCGCAUACUUGGGAAAAGUUUGUCAGAGAACAAGGUGAACGUUGGAAGCACGAAGAAAGCUCGGUGAAACUCGUUGACAGAAUAUUGCGACGCGCAACGGAUCUCUGUGAGGGAGAGAUUGCGCUGGUAUGCAGUUUAAUAAGCGGAAGUGCGUGCGAAUUGCUGACUCCCGAUCGUCGCUACCUGGCGCAGAUUGUGAGUAGCGAUGUGGAUGUUGAUCGGUGCGACUACCUUCAGCGGGACUCCUAUCACGUGCCGGACAUCAUACAACCAUCGCGCCCCUUUCGGGAGAUCUUCGAACGGGCAAAGAUCGUACGAGUUGGGGACGAAUCGCUAUUGGCGUACGAUCUGUGUGAUUACGCGUUAGUGUACGAGAUGGCCGAUGCCCGCCAAGAGCUUCAUCGCCGCUGUUAUGAAGAUCCAAGUGUACUGGCCGGCGAGCUGAUGGUGUGUGACGCACUGCACGAAGCGGAGCGUGCGGGAUUUCGUUUCUCUCGCAACGGACAAUGCGAACCUCUGUCGAAAGUUCAUAACAAUCUGGAGCUGUUUAUGUACUUCAAUGAUAACAUUAUCGAAGAGUUGCUGUCCAGCAAUUUUCCGGGGUUGGAGAAAGCCAAAGAAAUUAUUGCACGCUUUCGAAAGCGUGAUUUAUAUCAACAAAUCAUGACGUCUCCAGUCGAUCUCAGGGAAAAGAUGAACAGAUAUAACCAAUCCCAGCACGAGGCAGUGGUAAGACAAGCUUUUCGUCAUAUAAAAUCCACAAAACAGUGGUUCGGUGAUUUCGACGUUCAUUUCUACACAUACAAUCUUGCUGGGGCGAUCGUGAUCAUUCCGGCUGCGAAUGCCGGAGAACAGGCCUUUGUGAACGGGUGCCAGAGAGAGUCUGAGGACGAGAUAAAGGAAUACAUCAUUUACUGCACCAGCAGCGAUGCAGAAGUGCAACGAGCAACCAAACAUCAUUUCAUGAACGCAAACAAUGCAACCAUUGAAAGCUAGUCAAUGCUUAUAUUAAAGCGCAUAAGAGUUUAUUCCGUUUAAUAUGAUUUAUUUUCACUGAUUACAAAAUAGGCUUGAGGACGAAACGCAAGCCACUGAAACCUUCGCAGGGAACCAGUUGAAUUAAUAUAUAUAAAUAUUUAUCACCAUAUUCGUGCCUGUUGAUGGUGUGCGCCGAAGAUGAACAGAUCUUCGAUUAUUCUGCUGAACUAUCCGAAAGUCAUUUGAAUUUUCACUUACUUAGAAGUGUAGUGGUUUUUAUUUUAUGUUUUUAUCGUUCUACAGUUUAUCUUGUUCAUUGAAAGGCAUUUGAAAUGUACCACAUGUGUUUUAACACAGAUCAUAGUCUUAUCAUCAAAGACGUUUGUCUUAUUAGGCACUUCAAUUGAAGAGUUUGCUUGACAAGAAGAAAACAUGCGUAUUAUUUCACGUAAUAAUUUUUAUUUCGUUCGAUAAUCGUCAAAUGCUCACACACUUUUAUUCACAUUUGCGUUCACAUAAUUGCGGCCAACAUUUUCUG